AUGUCCCCGAGACCAGAAGAUACGCUCGGUGAUCUCGACCUCUAUCCCGCGAGCUACUUCGUGCCCAUCCGCCACGGCGGCCAACGCCCGGUCAAAGUCGCAGGCUACACCCUCAGAGCGCUCGCCGAAACCUGCUGCAGCGAAGAGAGAUACAAUGCCGCCCCUGAAUCUCUCAUGAGCAUCAUCCACAUUUUCCACGAAGAGAUUGAGUUGCUCCGAAUUGGCGGGUCGCCUGCUACUAAGCCAGCUGAGCAAGGCUAUCUCAACGGCUGGCAAGAUGCCUUUUCAACGGUCAUCGGCGUUCUAAACUAUUGCAUCGUCAAGCCGGUGUCUCAGUCUUCCCCUAACGCUCGCCCCGAGACGCCGCAACAGCUUGAUCGCCCUUUGCAUUCUCUCAGGGUGAAGAAGUUGGCAGAGACGUACGCAUGCCGUCCGCUUCUGAGUCUGGAAAGCCUAGAACAGGCUCCCGAUGAUGUCGAAGGCAAGGGACCGGUGACACCUGAUGGAAUUGAUAUUCGCCAGGGAGAUAGUGCCGCCCGCUGGCUGGAGUUCAUCGCCGGCGACGAGUAUCGUCUCCCAAAGAAGCACUCAUCUCUGGAUAUCCCCUCCACCGAAACUAACGGCUCGGGCGUCAGCACGCCCUCAACGACAAGCAGCGGCUGCUCGGCCCAGAACCUCCUCUCGUUCCCAUGCAGCCAGGAUACCGAGAGAUUCGCCAUGGCCGAAGAGAACCAACUGAUCCCCGAUGCUUCGGAACUCAUCCGCGGCAUCGACACCAUCCAGAUCCUGCUCCACUACGAGCGACAAUGCCGCAUCUCGGAGCGCAGAAUCGCAGCGGAGCUGAUCAAGUCGAGCGUCCUCCGCCGGGCCAUCUUUCAAGACCGUAUCGGCCGCGUGCACACGUCCGAGGGUGCGAAUGGCAGUCGCAAGAAAGGUGUUGAGGAUAGCAUCAACGAUCCGUUCUUUGGUCAGACGAUGUACGAGAAGGCUGUGGGACAGGUGAAGUCGCUUUUCCGACGCUGGGGUGGUACAGCCUGGCAAGAUGAUACAGAGACGGAGGCAGACACGGAGACUGAUACCGAUACUGACCUCAAGGAAGCAAGUACGCAAGCUGUUGAAGAGCGCACUGGCUCGACUAGUGAGAGUCUCGUGGGAGAGUACGGCUAUGUCGAGUCCAGCCUUGCAUGCCUCAACCCGGAUUCAGAUCUCUCGUUUCCAGUGGUGCCGGACCCUUCGUACCAGCUGGGAUAUCAGGGAACAGAAGCUUGGGUGCCACAUGUACAAGCCCCCAUUUACCAAAGCUUGUUCAUGAGAUCGCCGUACUUGACGCCAAAGUCUGGAAUCUCAUGUGAUACAUCUAACCUUCUCUCAUCAUCCGAAUACCGCCCGCUGCCUAGUCAAUCGUAUCUCAUGCUAGAAGCAAACAGCCCCAAGGACGCCUGUGAUCUACUCUCAUCCUCACAAGACUCGCUGGCGAACAUUGAGUAG